AUGGCCGCGGCCCAGGCCGUCGCCGGCCCUCGCGCCUGGUGCCGCGUCGCCGGCACGCACGUGCACCUGGGCUUCCAGGCGCCCUGCGGCCCCGGGAAGCCGGGGCUUCCGCUCAGCUCGGGCUGCUGCUCCCCAUGCCUGGGGGGCCUGGCCUGCGAGUCCGAACGGCCCACCGCCCUGCCGCUGAGCUACUGCGGAGGCGCGGCGCCCGACAGGCUCAGCUUCCAGAAGGACGCGUCCGAGAGGAUCAGCUGCGGCUCCAUGGCCUGGGGCGCGCCGCAGCUGGAGCCGCCGGGGCGGUGGACCUUCGGCUCCGAGGUGGGCACUGCUGAGCUGAUGGGCGGCGGCGAGGAUGGCCCCAGCGACGGCGAGGACGACGACGCGGACGGCGGGGACGAGGGCUUCCCGUCGAAGAUCCUGGUGUACCCCAGCACGGACGACGAGGGCGAGGGCGAGCCCCAGCUGAAGGCCGCGUGGGAGCUCUGGCCCCGCCGCGCGCCGCCGCCGCGGCGCCGCCUCGCCCACGCCCCCGCCGCCCUGGCGCCGGCGGCGCUGCCGGGUCCCGGCGCCCGGGCGGGGGCCAUCCUGGGCACGCUCCCCCGCGAGACCCGCCAGGCUGCGCCGCCGCGGCGCCCGCUGGGCAUCCACGCCCCCGUGGCGGCUCCCGCGGCGACGGGCGGGGCACCGCCGCUGCGAGUCCCGCGCGUCUCGGCCGCUGCCGCGGCGGCCACCGGUGCCGCGGUGGCCAGUGCCCCCACGCAUCGGGAGGCCCAGGACCAGGAGGUUGCCCACGAGGGGGGGGCAAGCCGGAGGGAUCGGCGCGAAAGUCGGCCCCAGAUCACAUCUUGGUGGUGCGCAACUUGCACGUCCGCGCGUCUCAGCAGGAGUUCCUCGACGAGGUCAACCGCAGUGGCUUCGUGGACAAGUACGAUUUCGCAUACAUCCCAAGGAGCUUCAAAGACGGCUCCGGGAAAGGCAACGGCUUCAUAA